UCUAGUGUGCUUGGGUCCGUCACAUCCUUACCCGCCUGAUUUGAAUGCCAUGAUUUCUGAUGUCACUCUGCAUGUUGCUCUGUCCGGUGCACGCGCGGCGUUUAUGAUGCAGUAGUGACGGCAGCUAUACCAGUUGUCGGUGGCUGAUAGCGCGCCCUCCCCGCCUUCCUGUAGCACAGUCCGUAUGUGAUAUCUGCCAAACCCCUAAAAAUUGUGUUAAUUUUUCUUUGAAAUUAAUACAUCAUUUAGAUCGAAAAAGGUUUACAAUUACGACUUUUUUGUCGUAAGCAUGCAUUCUGAUCAAUGCGUUACUGCAGGGACGUAGUAUCAUUCCUUCAUCUGUUUAUUAACACAUUAUGACUGGUACUUCAUAUAGAGCUCUGUGAUUUGUGUGAGCUCAUAAAGUGACACAAACCGUUCUGCUGGUGUUGUUUCCCUAGUAACGGCACCUGACAACACAGUGUGGUAUAUCGUUAUUUUAUUCCUGGAUUGAUACUAUUCUCCUAAUUACGAUCCAAAGUGAUUAUUUAUCUUCAAAAAUGGAGAAACAGGAAAAAUUACCCCUAGGACCUAGUACUCCGAUACUGGAUGGAACCAUGGUGGUAGCCGAAAAGAAAGAGGAAGUGGAAAGAGAAACGUGGGGAAAAAAGAUCGACUUCCUGUUGUCCGUGAUCGGAUUUGCUGUGGAUCUUGGAAAUGUUUGGCGUUUCCCAUAUAUCUGUUAUAAAAAUGGCGGAGGAGCCUUCAUGAUCCCUUACCUGGUGAUGUUGGUGUUUGGAGGGCUUCCUCUGUUUUAUAUGGAGCUUGCUUUGGGACAGUACCAGCGGUGUGGAUGUCUCACGGUGUGGGACAGAAUUUGUCCCGCUUUUAAAGGGAUAGGUCUGGCGAUCUGUGUGAUAGCUACCUAUGUCGCCUGGUAUUACAACACCAUUAUUGCCUGGGCAGUUUUCUACUUCUUCUCGGCGUGGCGGGCGGAAGUGCCCUGGCGGACCUGCAACAACCCGUGGAACAACAACGAAACGUGUACUGUCUAUGAACGACUACUCUUGGGUAACGUCACCAAGCUUCAGGAAAACGCAAGCACUAUGAUUAACCUCACCACAACGACUAUUGCCACAUCAACAGGUCCUGAGAUCAUCCGAAAGUCCCCAACGGAGGAGUUUUUCGAGUACAAAGUUCUGGGGUUGCAGUAUGCCAGUGGAUUGGAGGAUGUUGGCGGCAUCAACUGGAUUCUUUGUCAAUGUCUCCUCGCUGUCUUCGUCAUUGUCUAUUUCGCUAUGUGGAAAGGCGUAAAAAGCUCUGGCAAGGCUGUAUGGGUCACCGCCACCAUGCCCUAUGCCGUGUUGCUGAUCCUCUUGGUCCGAGGUUGUAUGUUGGAGGGAGCCGACAGAGGAAUAUUUUACUACAUCUCCCCAGUAUGGAGCAAACUCGCCGAUAAGAGCAUAUGGAUUUCCGCGGCAGCUCAAGUUUUCUUUUCUCUGGGACCAGGAUUCGGAGUUCUGCUUGCGUUAUCGAGUUAUAAUAAACUCAACAAUAACUGUUACAAGGAUGCUUUGAUCACGAGUGGGAUUAAUUGUGCCACCAGUUUCCUGGCAGGGUUCGCGGUGUUUUCUGUACUAGGACAUAUGUCCUUUAUACAGGACAGACCGGUGGAGGACGUCGCUCGAGACGACGUUGGACUGAUCUUCAUUGUGUAUCCAGAGGCCAUAUCGUCCCUCAACUUUUCCACUUUCUGGGCUUUGCUCUUCUUCUUCAUGCUCAUCACUCUUGGGCUGGACACAACGUUUGGUGGACUGGAGUCCUUAUGUACCGGGAUACUGGAUGAAUACGUUGUGCUGAGGAAAUAUCGACAGCUGUUUGUGCUGGGUCUAAUGGUGUAUUGUUUUAUAGGGGCACUGGCCACAACAACAUAUGGUGGUAUAUAUGUCGUGCAGUUGUUGGAUUCGUUCGGAGCUCCCAUUGCCAUCAUCUUCGUGGUUUUCCUUGAAGCUGUAGCCGUAUCGUGGAUAUAUGGUGUAAACAGGUUCUGUGAUGACAUAGAAUCCAUGCUAGGGUUCCGACCAGGCAUCUACUGGAGAGUUUGCUGGGGCGUCAUUAGUCCUCUGUUUCUGUUGGUCCUGUUCAUCCUGUCCUUGAUCGACCCGAUGCCUCCCCAGUAUGGCUCCUAUGAAUUCCCACAAUGGUCCUUUAUACUUGGAUGGGUCAUCGUCUGCUCGUCUCUCAUUUGCAUACCCAUGUAUAUGCUCUACAAGUUCAUCAUUACACCAGGGUCCCUUCGCGAGAGAAUACUCGUAAUGUUUACACCAACGGAAGUACCAAGCCACGCCAGGCAACCUGCGCUACCAGCCUUUGUCUAACCAACCGGAAGAAGAGAUCACAAGUGGAUCAAUGAGAACAUGCGCAGAAAUCGGUGCCUAUACUAUAAAUAUUAAUGUUGUAUAUUAUACAAAAUGUACACUUUUAAAAUGAUAUAUCACUUGUUAAGAUCUUCACGAAAAAGAUGCGGAAGAUGUCGAAUCGGGAUCAAAAAUAGUUAAGUAGGUCAUACAUCAUAUAAACAUGAUUAAAUGGGUCUAAACAUCAGAGGUGUUGAUAAGAACAUUAUCGCCAGUCCAUUGUCAGUGUGAAGUAAUAUGUGUAAUAUAAAAUGAAAAUGAUCACCUUUUGUAAUCCAAGUUUGAUCAUAUAACUUGUUGCUGGUUGAACUUCCUUGAAACAAAACACCCGUUUAUUGUCAUAGAGACACGCAUUUUGUAUUAAAACGUACGCUUCUCAUUUGGGUUCUACAUUAGUACCGAUACCGUUUUAAGUAGUGUAUAUGCUGGUUUAAUUACGUUAUAAUAUUCCUUCUAAAUGGCGUCAAUGAUGACGUUAGAUUGUGUUCAUGGUGUUUGUUUCCAUGACAUCAAAUGUCAAAAUGACGUUAUGCUGUAUUUCUUGUGUAUUUUUGAUGACGUCAUCAACUAUUUUACCACACUACAAUGUGCUUUCCAUUCUUUGAAUGUCGUCAAAAGUAUUGAUGUUUAAAAAGUCAAGAGUUAACAAAUCAUUUAACUUACUCACGCUUUUAUGUCUGGCAAUAAAAUAGUUCUCAUUUGCACCACACAUCACGUGUAAUUUAAAUCUGAAGUUUUAGUUCUCCAUUUAUCCCUAGUUUCAUGUUCAUUGGGUGCCAGCAAACAGUUGUGAUGUUUAACAAGUCCUAAUAGUAUGUGGCAUAGCUCUGAAUAAAAGUGAAGGGAGGAGUGACGUUGGAAGGUUAAGGUACAGCUCACUCAACACUGUGAAACUGAGGUUAAUUAAACCAUAAAUUACACAAAUCACGUGGUUAUUAUAUCAUAAUCGAUGCUCUUAUGCAGCAUGACGUAGAUUUUGUCAUUUACCUAUAUGAGUUGAUGUAGCAGAACUGUUAAUUUCUUCCAAUGCUUGGUGUCAGCAUUGGAUAUUGAUGAUAUUGAAUAAUUAACAUAACAUAUGAAUAGAAAAGAUGAACAGGGAAUAGUCUAACAAACUAUCCCAUAAAGAAAUGGACACAUUUGAUAUGCUGUCACAUUUGACGUUCCAUAAUCUGUGUUUGAAAUAAGCUUGAUUUACAGUUUGGUGGUAAAAAAAUAAUCCGGAAGUAUAAGCAAACUGUUAGUUUGAACACGUUUUCUAUGCGGAAAUUAUUGCUAUUUCUGUAGUUUGUUGAGUAAAGUUUAAUGUGCCACUAUUUCAAAUCUACAUUUUUUACAUCAUUUGGAAAUCAUAAAAUUCUAUAUAAAUGUAUAUGUUAUUUUCAUCAUAUAUAAUGUAGUGUAUAUAUACAUAUAUGUCAAAGUGUAUAAUUAUACUGAAACGUGGUAUACCUAUAUAAUGUUUGCUAGUGCGAAGUGUGUUCAGAUUUCGAUUUCAUCAUGGAGUCGGCCCAGAUAGUUAUAAUUGAAAAAAGAUAUGAUUAUGAAAUAACUCUUAUUGUUAUUACUUGUUAUUGAUAAGCAGAAAUUAUUAGAUUUUGAAAAUUGAGAAAUCAAAAACAUCAAUAUCAAUGAAAUAUAACUGCAUGUGUACCAUCAUCACAUUACUGAUAUACAAAUAUAAACUGCACCUGGAUUUCACGGAAAACAUUUAGAGUCAGUACGCGCCACCUUUUGUGUAAUGGUAAUCGCCUUUUCUAGAAAGUUUACGGAAACAUACAUCAAUAUGAUGAGCUUGUAAACCCUGACAACAUGAGAAUAAAAUCAUCUUUUAGCUACUAAAGACUUACAACGGUGUCAACGAAGAGGAAACAGGUCACAUUAACCAACUUUGUUUUUCGAGUUCCUUCUUUGUAAAUAAUCGGACUAGAGACCGGCCAGGCGAAACCAUUUUGAAUCUACUUAUAAUGAGUCUUCAUUUUUGACACAAUUGAGAGAAAGAGAAUCUGAAGCGAUGGUUUGCUAAUGGAAAGUGGAACUCUGGAGUUUUAAUUAGCGCGUGCAUGUUUACGCGCGAAUUAUGUAUCAGGAUGCUCCCUAUCCAGAGUUAUGUCAGAGGUAGUAAACAGACUUAUCGUAUGCUUUUACUUUCUAAAAUGUAUAUUAUUGACAAGGACAGUGUAAGUUAUCAAUAAUUAUUGCAUUUAUAUGGUAAUGAGAUGAGAAAGUGAUUGUAGCUUUAUCAUUAUGCAAGAUUUCAAUAAUUUCAUAUAGACAUAGCCAUGUCCUUAUUUCUUGUGUAAAAUGUUAUAACAGUGUACCAUACAAUAUGUAAAGAGUAUUAUAAUCAUAAAUAUUUGUGAAGUGACCAGUUAUUUCUAUUCUGAUAAUGUCUCCGUAUAAUCUGUAUAAACUUUCCAGUUCUGGUAUUAAACACGUUGGAAUUGGAUACGCUUUGUUUUGACAUUGCCUAGAAUGUGAUAUAAGAUAUAAUCUAUUGUUGAUUUAUAUCCUAAUGAAACCGUUCUUGGCCUGGUUACGGCAGUUGGGUAGUACACACAUUGUUCUGGAUAUAUGUAUAUAAAGCCACAGACACUGUGUAGAUCAAGAAAGCUAUCUCUUUGUACAUUAUCUGUAUAUAUACAUCGUGAAUCUGAUCUACUUUAUACCACAUUGUAUGAGAAAGUUGUUAGUUUUAUGGACCUUGAGCAUUGGUUUGAUACAUAAUAACCUCUUGUAGCAUAUCUUGGUUUAUUGUUAAAUGAAGGUUAAGCCACUUUAUCAUUUGAUAAACAUAUUAUGACAAAAUUAAAAUAUUCGAGUCAUAUAAUUAUAGUAUUAUAUAAAUUCAAAAAUAUAGAUAUUAUGGUUCCUUGAGGUGAUGAGCUUGUCAUUAAGAUGUCAGUGAAUGACAGAUCAGUUCAUGUUGAACUUUCUUAAGUUGAAAUUAUAACCACAUGAAACCUAACAAAACGUUGCGAGGCUCAAUAAUAUAAACACAAAAACUCUUCUGUGAUUCUACUGUGAGGUAAUAUAUUUACUGCGAUUCGUACCUUUCCGUCUCGAAGCAUCACAUAGUUUUCGCUAUGUAAGGCUUGUGCCCCAUUUAAUAUUCAAAAUAUAUAUGAACAACGCUUAAGGCUACCUGAUAGUCCAGCAAAUUAAGUGCUUGCAUAAAAAUAGUCUUACUUUUUAAGCAAUGUUUAUGAUAACUAGAUAAUUUUGCUACAUUGUAAUCCCAUAUAGAAACUAGUUACUGAUUACGCAUGUUUUGAUUUUGACCGAUUAGAUUUUGAUUGUUAAUCAAGAAAAUAACGUAAGAAUAGUUAGCAUAUUACGUAAUUUAAGUUUGCACUUCCUUCUUAAAUUAAAGUCGCAGAUAUUUGAAGUUGUACAAAGGGAGACUAUCACGAAGUGUUGUUAGAAAUACCGGUAACAAUGUUGUAUUGUAUAAAAGGUGGAACAGGUGCGAGCAAUUUAUAAACUCCUCCAUCUCACCAGGUGAUAAUCAUGUGAUAGAUUUGUGAUAGGUAGUUGUUAUUGUUUAGAGUUUAUUCAUAGUUUGUAAUACUGAGUAUUUAUAUACAUCAUCACAAUAAAAUAAUAAAUAUUUACA